AUGAGCGAGCUUCCCCCAGGAUCGUUCGUUCAGACCGGAGAUCUCACUAGCGUCGACGCUCCUCCUCCAAUCGCAAGCUCCACCACCGCCGCCCUGCCUACGUUGUCUCCUGACGAAGCGAAGGAGGCGCAAGAAGAGCGCGAGGAGGCAAAAAGCCUCAACGAAGCCGCGCUUUCUAUCCCGGACUCCGAAGCAUCCAGCACUGGUGAUGCAGCUUCCGUCUACGAGCCUACCGACGAGGCUGUUCCAGGCAAUGGCGGCGUCGUCGCCGCUUCGCACGCCGCUUCGCAGUCUGGUGCCAGCCUAGACUGGCAAGGUGUCCUCGGCCACUCAUCCUCUGGUCUCGGCGCAGCAAAUGCGGCCACUUCGGCGUACUUCUCGUUUGCACGCACCGCCACCGCUUUCGGUCUUGACCUGGCUAAGCGCGUCACCCAAGGCUUGGUCGCUGUGCCCGCUCUCUUGGCUGACGGUGCUCUGACGGGCACAGCUCCUGGAGACACGUCGGGUUCUCCUUCCAUCUCUCAAGCAGCCCACUCGGGCAUCGCCACCUUCUUCGACGCCAUCUCCCUAGUCGCUGUGGGAGGCAUCGAUCUGACGAGUGCUGUCACUAGUGCGGGUCUCGGCGCAGCUGGCUCGGGCGUCGAAGGCGUCAGAAGGGCACUCGGCUCCGAGGUGCUCAGAAGUCUGCUGGAAUUUUCCAAGCUUGUAAAGCGCGAGUGGAACGCUGACGACGACUCGCUCCCACCGGGCGGCAUUCCAAGGUAUUCGAUCGUCGGCAUCACCAAGGCGCUCUCCACCUGGGUCUCGAUCCAGCUUGUGACACGAAGCUACCAGGAGCGACGCAUGCUGCAGGGUCUGCUGGAGAUCGACACGACGAAGCUCAAGGAGCAGGUCGAGCAGCUCAAGCAGAAGCAUCACGUCGGCGCGACCAGUGCGCCGCUGGUUCCCAUCACCGCCGGUGAAGCUGCCGCACAGGGCGAUACACAGCAGAGCCAGUCCGAUGUACGCAUCACCUCGAACCAUUCUCUGACGGGCGACUACUCGGGCAACGUCAUCGGCGCCGAGAUUGGGCACAAGAAUGGGUCGAGUGCGCGCUUGCCUGGAUCGACGCUCUCCGAUCAGCCUGCCAGGCCUCUUUCUGACGCUGAAGCCGUGCACAACUUGCAGCGCUACUCGAAGCUCGUGCUUGGCGUCUACGGUGGCCUAGCCCUGUACUGGCUCGACUCCAUGCCACCUAGUGGCCAGGCCUCAGUCGGUAAUGCCGGCGCACCGACGCCCGUUGCUGCUCCCAAGGACAACGUCGUCUUUUCAGCCGACGAAGAGUUCAUGCGUAAAGAUCAAGCCGAGUUCCUCGAAGCAGCGGCGCAGAUGGAGCUGGAAGACGAAGACGAAGAGGAGGAGGCCGGCGCGGUGUCGACUGCAUCUGGCGCUGAUCCUGCUUCUGCUGCGUCGUCGACUCCCAACACCGCAGUCGGGGCUGUCGAGAGGAACACCAAAGACCACGCCUCGUCCUACAAUCUCUGGGACGUCAUCUCGGGCACGCACGACGAAGACCUCUUUCACCACACGGCCAACCUUGAGCGCGGUGCUGCUGCAGUAGGACAGUACGAAGAAGAUCGCCACCCGGCGGCCAAUGGCGGCACGCCUUACAACCCGAACGACAAGGCGCGUCCCAGCAAGCCUCGGUUCUACGUUGUGACGGACCACCCGCGCAAGACGAUCAUCCUCGUGCUGCGCGGUACGCUGAGCGUGGGCGACCUGGCGGCGGAUCUGACGUGCGAGAGCGUGCCGUUUGUGUUUGAUGCCGAGGUGCAGAGGAAUCUGGAUGCUCGCUCGGCUAGUGGGAAGGGGGAAAAGGCGAGCAAAUUUGUGGGCGGGCAGGAGCCGCCUGGCCAACUGUGUCAUGAAGGCAUGUACAUUACCGCGCAAGAGAUUGGGGCACGCGGGCGAUCAGUGCACCGCGCGGUGGCGGCUGCACUGUCUGCAAACGACGGGUAUUCGCUCGACAUUACGGGCCACUCGCUGGGGGCCGGCGUGGCAAGUGUGCUCGCCAUGAUGUGGGCGGACCCGACUACCGGAUUGACGACAAAGUCGUCUGGACUGCCCGCCGGCCGUCGGCUGCACGCGUACUGCUUCGCCGUGCCCUGCGUCACCAACACCUCGCUCGGCCGCAGCGUCUCGUCGAUCAUCACGUCGUUCACCUACUCGUACGACCUGGUCUCCCGGCUCUCGCUCGGGUCGAUCCAGGACAUCCGCAACAGCAGCGCCUGGCUCUGCUACCAGGACAAACAGGCGCACCACGGCCAGGGCACCAUGAACGCCCUCAUGAAGCGCGCGUUCGAAUACCGCUCCGGUCGCACUCCGCCCGAGCAGCGCGCCGAGGUGGAGCACGAGUUUUUGGUCCUCCGCAAGACGCUCGAGGCCAAUAUGCAGCACGCGCACCUGUUCCCGCCGGGCAAGGUGCUCUAUACGCUGACGACUCCGGAUGACUUGCUGGCGGAGGAGGAUGGUGCGGGAGGUGCGGGUGCAGGGAAGAGGCAGAGGCUGUUUAGGGUGAAUGAGGACGACGAGACGGCGCUCAGGAAUGUGUUUGGCCAGAUUAUCUUUUCAAGGAGCAUGCUUUCGUGCCACAUGCCCAACACAUACGACGCCAGGUUGCAUGAUCUCACUCGCUGA